GUCAGCUUUUAGGCCAGCCACGCCAAUCCAACCUCAGCUCCUUUCGCUCCCCGUGAAACGUCCAGGAAAUUCUGACCAUCAACCAUCUUUGAGGUCGACAACAUUUUAGAAGUCGUCUUCAUAUCGAAACCUUUUCCUGUCGGGUCAUUUAUCAUGAAGUGAUUUGAGCCUGUUCUGGCCUGGUCUUUACAAGAUCUUCUACGGUACUGCAGCGACAUGGCAGACGAGGGUUUGGCUGGAACGAUUAUCGGCACCGCCAGAGCCGGCAUCAGGCUCUCUGUGACACUGCACAAUUUCUCCGAAACCGUCACCACCGCGCAGACAGAAAUCAAAAGCAUCGCGAACAACGUCUCACUGACGGCAUCGGUCCUCCACGAGCUUGGUGUCAAGCUCGAUCAGGAUGAUGAUGACGAUGGCGAUGAUGAAGGUCAGUUGUACUCGAGCUCGGCGACAGGCACAGCGCGAGACGUGGCCCGGGAAUGCGAGAGCGUCUUCCGCGAAAUCAACGCAACAAUUGGGAAAGCCAUGCAAAGUGCUGCGGAGCGAGGCGUGAAGAACGGAAAAGUGCCCGCCUUGUCGCCCCUGGAGCGGAUGAAGUAUCCUUUCUUGCAGCCCAAGAUGGAACUUCUCGGAGCGAAUUUGGAGCGGUUGAAGAGCACGCUGGUACUCCUGCUGAACGUGCUGAGUUAUGCUCGAGACCUGAAAACCGAGAAGCACGACACCACCACUGAAGACGAUGGCUAUCAGAAAUUGCUUAUCGACAACCUCGUCCGAGCCAACCAGGAAGCAACGAGGACUUACGAAACCCUGGUCAAAAAGCUCGAUGAUCAGGAUCACGACGGUAUUCCAGAAGACGGCCCGAGCCCGGAUCGAUCACGCCCUACCUCAUCGGAAAAAGGUAAUGGAAGCGCGAGUCUUAGACUGUCCAUGAUCAAGGCGCCUGACUCGGACGACUCCCAUGUCGAGGCUAGCAGUCCCAGGGCAAAAGCAGCCUCGACAAUUCAAGCCUGUCUGGAUCGCAUUGAAAACGCCCUGGUCAAAGUCGAACAGUCAAGUUCUGUGCUGCACCACUCCUCCGGCAUCGCAGUCCGCAUCGAGCUCGACAGGGAGACCAGACUUCCUGCAAAUGCGCAGCAGUCCCCAACCCCGCGCAUAACAGUCUCGAUACUGCAAAAGCAAACGCGUCGUCGACAGGACUCCUUGCAGUCAAGGACCAACAGCACCCGCGGGAACACCAACGGCCUAAGCAGAUCGAACACGUGGUACUCUACGCUCUGGAAUUCCAUGCCGUCUCCCUACUCUGCAGUGAGCUCGAUUCAGCAGACCCUCGACAAUACCGGCCUCUUCCUCGCCACAGAACAGGUCACCGAAGAUGCAGGCAACGUACUCAGCCACAAUCUUGACCAGAAUACCCCGUACGGUCAAAAUUCCGGCAUGGGAUAUGGAUACCACACCGCAUACGCGCCGCUCUCCGAUGGUGAUGAGAGCCCUGAAUCCGACGGGCCGACCUUGGCAGAAGCGUUCCGCGCCGCUCUGCCAGAAUCACUCCUCCCUGGGCGCCGACCCGAUCCGUCGCUCAGAACUGGCGAUAUAGAAAUGAACCCCGUCCAGGCCCAUCACGAAACGUUGCGACCGUUGAUCCUGCCGGAAGCAGUUGAGAGCGGCAGUGUCCACGGCCAUGGUCAGGUUCCAGAAGUGCGUGUUGAGCCGGAUACAGCCACAGCCACGACUGCAGUCACAACUCUGGAUGAUGCCCACCAAGACCAAGACCAAGUGCAGCACGCUGCUGUUGCUGUGCAAGAUCAAUAUCGAACUCAAAAUCAAAAUCAAAAUGGCGAGGGUCCGGCCAAGAACGACGACAAUGAUUGGAGCGUCGAGCAAGACGCCCGUAUGAAGGAUAUCCUCAACGCCAGCAUCCAGGCUGCCGUCGCCGAGGGCAAGAGAGAAAUGUCAUCGCCGAGCUCUGUAAGAGACAAUGAAGGAAGUCGUGACAACACCGGAAAGCAGGCAGAGAAAGACGAGUUGCCGACUGGAAUGGUGGUGGUAGACAAGAAGGGCAAAGGAAAGGGAAAGGGAAAAGCCGCAGAGUAUGAGGUGCCGUCCAUACUAAAGAAUUCUGGCAAUGGCGGCGGUGGUGGUAAUGGUGGCGGCGAUGCGGUUGAUCGAUUACUAGGCGAGUGGACGACUUUGCGCGUCUCUGGCUCUCCUGCUGGUCAUGGCGAAGGCGAUACUGGGACUGCAAGCAAAUCCCCUUGAUCGAUCAUCGCCAUCGCCAUCGCCAUCGCCGUCACUGUUGGUAUUGGCACCUGUGUUUGAGUUACUGAAUGCUAUCGAAGCGGGAGUAUUCGUGGAUAUCAAGUGUUUGGGUAAAAGGUUGAGAUAGGCCAAUCCGGAUUUUUGGCUUUCUGGGCCAAAGUCUUGUGUUCAAGA